UCCCCAUUUCAGCGAUUCUGAGGUCUAUCUCUCUCCCUCUCAGGUGUGAUUUGCUCAAAUCAAAAGUUUCAGAUUACAAUGACUUGUGACUUGUUUGUUCCAUUCUCUUGCUCCUUCAACAUAAAGGUUUAUAAAAUUGAGGAUUUUGCUCGGUUCUGCUGUUACAUCCUUGUGGGUUUUUAGCAUAGAGAAGUAAACGACGAUGCAUCCUCCACUUACACCACAUAGACAUCCAAUGUGUCUGGAGAUAAUUGAGGAGUUUCAAAAGUGUCAUACAGAUCAUCCGAUUGGAAAGUUUUUUGGAGAUUGUACACAGCUUAAAGUAAAGCUUGAUCGAUGUUUUCGCCAAGAGAAAGCUGUAAAGCGAAAGGUAAAUUUUGAACAAAGCAAGAAGCUUCAAGAAAGACUGAAAGCUAUAAGGAAAGAAGAAACUGCAGAGACUUGAGCAUUGCUUGAUACUAAUACCAUAUAAGUGCUUGUCAAUUUCGAAAGAAUACGUCUCUAAAUCGAUCCAUGAAGAGGAGUCUGAUACACUUAUGUCUCGUAGAUGAGUGAAUAACAUGGUACUAUACAUGUAUUGAUUAGGGGCUUAGCGUUUGAAAUAAGGCCAUUAUUAUUGGAGUACAAGACUCUUAUUAGCUUGCCCUGCAACGAACAUGUUCUUACACAGUUUACUUUAUUUAUGUAUUACAAGUAAGCUACACAAUUACAUUUCAUUGUGGCUACGAAAUAGUUCUGUAUGUUCAACUUCUAAAGUUCCCCAACAUUUGGGUUUGUUUUGAAACGUACU